CAGAGGGACCCUGGGAAAAAAUAGUCUGCAAGCCGAACAUGGUAUGCUGUUUACAGUUCUUAAGAAUUUUAUUAUAAAAGAAUAAUCCUCAAAAACCUAACGCUUGCUGACCACGGUGUUGACUUGGACAAUUAUGAACAAAGUCGCUUUGUGAUAUAGUGUGAAUGGAGUCGUCGAGAGGCUCCGGGGGCCUCUCCCGUGAGUACAAGCUGGUGAUGCUGGGAGAGGGAGGAGUGGGCAAGAGCGCCAUCAUUAUGCAGUUCAUCAGCCAUAGGUUCCCUGAGGAUCAUGAUCCAACCAUAGAGGAUGCCUACAAGACGCAGAUCCGCAUCGAUGAUGAGCCGGCUAACCUGGACAUCCUGGACACUGCGGGACAGGCGGAGUUUACGGCCAUGCGGGAUCAGUACAUGCGGGCAGGCGAGGGAUUCAUCAUCUCCUAUUCCAUUACCGACAGACGGAGCUUCCAGGAGGCCCGCCACUUCAAGCAGCUUAUUGAUCGUGUGCGCCGUACAGCAGAAACCCCUGUGGUGCUGGUGGGCAACAAGUCGGACCUGGCACACCUCCGACAGGUGUCAGUAGAGGAGGGCCGCGAGCUGGCCAGGGAGUUCCAGUGCCCCUUCUUUGAGACUUCGGCCGCGUAUCGCUACUACAUCGACGAGGUUUUUGCCGCGCUUGUCCGCCAGAUACGACAGCGUGAAGCGGAGUCUGUUCGAGGAAGUGAGAGGAAAACGAGGAGGAGCCAUUCCUUCUGGAGCCGCAUGCGUUCUACUUUCCACAAGAAGCAACACUCAGAGCACUAAGGGGGGUCACUAUGGGAUACGCAGCCAUCCAUUAGGCUGGUAUCUUAAAGUUAAUACUGUACCUCUUGUGAGGGGACCAUUGACUCUUAUAUGAGUUAAAAUUUGCAAUGAGGAAUUAACAGUAAUAGUAAAGUGUAGAUAAUAGCAUUCUGUAAACCCUAUUGAAGCAAAAACAUAGCAAAAAUAUGUUCAUUGUUUUAAAAAUCGGUCUAGCUUUUAUUGACAGUCUGUUACCAUUUAGUAAUGAAUGAAACAGAUUAACUUUCUUUUUUCUCACAACGCUGGAGAGGGCAUCCUGAAAUGAAUUAUUUGUAUUUUUUUGCUGUUGAUGAAAAUAUGUCAGAAAGUCUCCCAUAUGGUGAGGUUGAGGUCCCAUGAGGUCAGGUUUGUGGAAAUGUAUUCAAAAUUCUAUAGGUUUGAGAUGACCAGAUGACUUAUGUGAACUGAUUUGCAGAUGGCAAAUGACAGUAUAUACUGUGUGUGCAACAAUUACUAAUAGCUGAUUUAUACCGACCGCAAGUACUCAAGGACAUACUUACGUCCUUCAUCACGGCACGUUGAUGUUCUGUGGAGGUCCUGUUUUGGGAAUCUAUCUCCUGCUUGAUACUGAAAAGCCUACUAGCAUUUAUUUUUUUGAGGUGGUGGACUACUGCCCCGCAUGGGAAAGGCAUUCAAUAGCAAUGAUGAGUAUUAUUAUAAAUUACAUUCCAUAACAUGAUACACUCAUCAACUAGACACAACAAUACAAUCAUCAACCACUGAUCAACUGAUUUCAAUGUCAUAAUUGAAUUUUUAUUUAGUUUGUGUAAUAAAUUAUUUAGUUGUGCCAUAACUCCA